AAGGAGCGCCUCACGCUGCCUGUUUUAAAUAAUAUGAUCUAUAUUUGGAAUUAUAAUCUAUCUACGGUGCACAGAAAUCAUUAUAAAUGAUUAAAUCGAAUUUAUUUAAAGGAUAAUGGGAUUAUAAAGCGGUGAGAUAACGUUACUGCAGUGUUUGGCUGUUUGCGCUUUUGGCGUAGAUUACUGCGUAGUUGCUACGGGUCUUAGCGUAGUUACUACAGACUCCAGCACGAGACUGAGAAACAGCACAACCAAUGAGAGUGAGAGUGAGAAGGGAACCCAAGAUCAUCUGAUAAAAAUUCUCACUUGGCCACAAUGGGAUCUGAACAUGUGCAGCUCCUGCGGAGACCCCUACCCCCCAAAACACUCCAACCCAUCCUCAAAUCUUCACUGAAGAAGACUGAGGUUUUGGAUGCAGUGAUGGAGUCCAUCUCUUCCAGAGUCCGCUACAGCAUGGAAGGAAGUGGGUGGAGUUUUCAUGAUGACACAUCCCCAUUAGAUUUUGAUCCACAGCUGUCCCACGUCUCCCCUACACCUGUCUCCAUCCAGUCCGCAUUACGUCCCUCCAUGUCCCCCACAAUCACCAGUUCCUUUCCUUUUCGUCCUCAGCGGACGCUCCGCCGCUCUCUUCUUCUGGAGCUGCUGAGUGAUCAUCCACGCUACACCCAGCCUCCACCCUACCUGAGCUCUAACCACCUGCAGAAACCCGCCCAACCUGUGCUGGAGUUCACCCAACCUGACCAGGUCCUGAACACCAUGAUCCGAUCCCAGCACACCUACAGGAAGCUGGUGGAUCUCUUCCUGUAUGAGCUGCACAGCGGCCAACAGGACCAAGUGACCAAUCAGAUCUUCAGCUGGGAAGAUCUACCACAGGCCCAGCGCAGAUUCCCACAGAUAAUAUACGAGCUGGUUGCACAGGUUCGAAUGGAGCUCCAGGCACGUAUAGAGUCACGCCGCUCUACAGAGAAAUCUCUCAUCCAGACUCAGCAGAACUCAGUGGAGCCGUGGACUGAAAACAAAUCACAGACUGAACCCAUAAACCUCCACCUGUAUCCAGUGAAUGAGGUGAUGAGCUGUUUCCCGGUUAAGUUCUUCCAGGGUUCCUGCAGAUCGUCUUCACCCUUCCUGGCUGCAGCGGAGUGUGUGAUGAUCAGUCUCACUGAGCUGGCCAUAAUUGAGUGCCUCACAAAGCAUGGCACCAGCCUCAACCUCAAGGCCCAUUUUAUCUCCCAGCUGCCUGAUCUGUUUCUGCUGCGUCAGAAUCUGCUCUACCUCAACCUGUCCUUCAACAGCUUCACUGUGUUUCCAGUGGAGGUGUGUGAACUGGCACGGCUGGAGGUGCUGAAGCUGAGAGAUAACCCAAUAGAGGAGAUCCCAGCUGAUAUCCAGAAGCUCCUCAACCUAAAGACCCUGAUCAUCUCCUUCUGCAAGAUCAGAUCCCUGCCCUCCCAGUUGUACCAUCUGACCUCUUUGCAACACCUGGACGUGUCGUACAACCUCAUCAGUUCCCUGAGCAGUGAGAUCAAAAACCUCAGGUCUCUGCAGUAUCUGAGUGUGGAGGGGAAUCAGGUGGAGGCUCUGCCGGUGGGGGUUGUGUAUUUGAGGUGUGUAUCUGAACUCAGGUUGGGGGGGAACUACACACACCCCCUGCUGUGGAUCUUAACCAGCUCCACCUCUCCACCAUCCCUCACACACACUGCAGCACGAGCCCUGACCCUCACACACACCCCGAAACAGCACUCCAACCUGCCCCCUGCAGCCCAGCUCAUACUCAGCAGGGUGGGUGUGUGUGAGUGCUGUGGUGGUGUUCUGUUUGGACCGGGACUGAAACUGAUCCAUCCCGUUCAGGAUCUCUUCGGUCUUAGGAGCGUCCCGAUCCUGUUCCAGUCCUGCUCCACCUCCUGCUUCUCCACCUUCAGGAACCAACCACACCUCCUCACACAGACUCUUCUCACCAGAAAAACAACAAACAAACAGCAGCUUUAAUGCGUUUUCAGUUUUAUUGUUUAGUGUUUUUCUUAAAACUAAAUUAGAACAUGACAUAAUUACUAAAUUAAAAUAAACUAAGUGUUAAAGCUGUGCUCUUCAGUCCAGCACAGUUUUGCAGUGCAGAUAUUUCCAGUUACAGCUGAAUUCACAUUUUUAAUCUGGUGACAUUAUGAGCCCUGCAUUUUUUUUAUAUCACAAUAUAUGUACAAUUUUUCCAAUAUUGUGCAGCUCUAGUUCACACAGUUUGUUGUCUGGGGGCCUCAGUCCAAUUUGGGACGCUAUAGGCAAUUGAUUGGUUUACUUGCCCUGUUGCAACGGGUCUGCAUCAACACAGGUUAUACAGUAUUAUUCCAGUUUAAUUUCUCCAAAUGACAAGACUCAUGUUUUAUGACUUGACAAGUUCAGUCCUUGAUUGUGCACUUGUGGCUUUUAACCCUCCUGUUCUGUUCUGGGUCAAAUUGACCUGUUUUAAGGUUUAAAGAUCUUGGAAAAACAGUUAAAAGUUUUUUUUUUUUUCAAUAUGAAACUUCUUCUGAUUGCCUUAAUUACUGUAAUCAACAUAUAAUAUACAAAUUGGUUCAUCUCACAUGUUUGCAAAAACUAAAACAAAAUUGCAAUGUUAUGUUUCAAUGUUAGGUAAAAGAUUGUGUUUUAUAUGUUGGUCUUUCAAAAGUAAUAAAGUAGUGAAACAAAAAAAA